AAAUAAUCUCGACCAUUCGCGCCCGCCGCCCGCUGCCUCCUUGUCGUCUUCCGCUGCUGCAUAUCCCGUCAUGGCUCCGAGCUCGCUAGACAAACUGAAGAAGCAAAAGUCCAAAGACUCUAUGUCCGCCAAGCUAGCAGAGCCUAUGCCGACGUCUCCCGGCGCGGAGCCAUCCAACGCAGACUCGAAGAAGAGGAAGAGGAGGUCGCAGGCAGGAGCAGACGCUACUCCAAGGGCAUCUAACGACGCGCAACCUGUGGAGAGCGAGUCUGCUUCGAGAAAGUCGAGGAAGACGAAGAAAGAGGCUGCUACGCCGACAGAGUCGGUCCAGGCGCAUACCGCAGAAAAGGCGGCUGCGAAGAAGAGCAAGGACAAGCAACAGAAAGAGCAUAAAGAGGUAGUCGACUUUGCACCGGUGAAGGGGAAGGGAAAGGGGAAGAAAACAGAUGCUGUUGACCAGAGCGCUGCUGCCGAAGAGCAGGCGAAGGAUGUGGAGAUGAUCGCGGGGGCGGAAAAGAAGGCGAAGUCGAAAAAAGGGCGGAAGUCCGCAAAGGAGGCUGAGCACCCUGCGCAGGGUGCCCUCAUUGAAGCGACGGGAAAGCAGGAAGGUGUGGAGGCUACAGAGGCUGCCACCGCGAAGGACGAACAGCCUAAGCCAUCGAAGAAGGCACACAAGGAGUCCUCAGCUACUUCCCACAAGGCGCCCUCCCCCGAGCCUGAGCCGUCCGCGUCUGACGACGACGAGGCGCCAUUAGUGGAGAAGGAUGCAGAGGUCGACGGCGAGGCGGACCAUCUCUACGGUUUCUCUACAGAUGAUGAUGACUCAUCGGACGAAGAGAUGGGCGAGGAGUGGGGCGGUAUUGACGUCUCAAAACUACCGACUGUUGCGAAGGAUGACGCGGUGGUGAAGAAAAAGUUGGAAAAGGCGAAGAGGCAUCCGACAGAGGAUCGCGGUGUCAUCUACCUUGGCCGGAUACCUCACGGUUUCUAUGAGGACCAGAUGCGCCAGUACUUAUCUCAGUUCGGGCCGGUAACUCGGUUGCGCCUAUCGCGCAACAAGAAGACCGGUCGCUCAAAGCACUACGCCUUCAUCGAGUUCGACUCCUCUUCCGUCGCCCAGAUCGUCGCGGAGACGAUGGACAACUACUUGCUCAUGGGGCACAUCCUGACAUGCAAGAUCAUCCCUAAAGACGAAGUUCAUCCCGAGCUCUGGAUCGGCGCAAAUAGGAAGUGGCGCGUUGUCCCGAGGAGUCGGAUCGCGCGUGUGCAGCACAACAAGCCACGUACACCGGAGGAGCAAGAACGAGCGGAGAAGCGUCUGUUGAAGCGCCAGGCGCAGCGGAAACGGAAGUUAGAGGAGGCAGGCAUCAACUACGACUUCAGUGCCGUAGCAUAUAAAAAGUCUAAGCCUGUAGAGGCAUAAGACCCGGCCGGAUGGCCCGUGUUCCAUUUUCCGCUACGUCUUUGCGGUUUUGCAUCGGGGAUAUUUACCGUAUUUACGGUUGUAUGCAAGCACGCCUGGGCCUUUGGUGCCAGUACUGGGACAGGGUGCUAUGACAUGUCUGCACCUAUGCAAUGCGCGCUCUCACCAUUAGGCCCUGGUGGUCAAGUAAGUUCCUGGCUGUCGCUUCCAUUUCCGCGUGCCACGAUUGUCGCGGUGCAUCACAUAACCCGACAGCCAGACACUCCGUCUUCCCAGUUCAACAUAGAGUGUGUCAGCUUGCAAACCGUGCUACUACUGAGUCGUCCUUGUAUAGCG